AUGAGCAACAGCGGAAGAGAGCCGCCACAGUUGGAUGGUCGGGGUGGUAACGAGCUGGCACCAGAAGCAGGCCAUCCUUACAGUACGGUUAUCUUCCGUCUGAGUUUCUGUCCUCGAUCUGACAUUGAAAACACAGUAUAUUACCGAUUAUACACCAAAAACAACCCGGUGGAAUCCAAGAAUCCCAUCUACUCUAACGACAGAUGCAUCAGCCGUAUCUUGGUCAAGUCUGUUGCCCCCCCGCGAAACAUUGGAUCGCUUAAAAAGCAUCUUUGGAAGAUCGAGGACCUCGACGGAACCCCAACCAACACCCUGUAUCUUUCUUUGUCCGAAAAGGCGCCCGCAAAUGACUUGACCCAUCUCCAACUCAAGGGGGGUCCUAGUCCCGGCUCAUCUGAACUUGACCCAAUGGCACUGGUGGUGGAGAGUCCGAAGCUCAGAAAGAAAUUGGCAGCGGGGAGUAAGGUGGAUUCGAAAACGCUUCCUGAAUGGCCACAUGAACACCGCUACGUUUACUAUCGUGUUUAUGAAGAGGCGGGUGAAGUUUCGUCAAAGACGUCCUUUGAUGAGACGGACCUUUCUCUUGGUCGCGUUACUGGGCUCUCCGUUCCGCCGCCUCACAGCGGCGCUUCCUUAGAGGCUUGUCUUAUUCAAGCCGAAAAAAUCCCAUCACAAAAUGUAAAGCUAUUCAAAGACGAUGGCGGAGAAAAUAUCCUGAAUCAUAACGAAGUCCUCGACCUUUUUUCUGACAAUUACCCAGGUGUCCUCUUGGAUGAUCCCAUAGCUAUCGUACAUGGACCAAAGAAGCAGGAACACGCUUCGGAACCAGAACCUCACAGCUUCUCGAAGCGUCUGAGAGCAAAUCAAGACUCUGCAAGACAGGGGGAGAUCUUUCAAACGGAUGGAAUAUUGACACGCAAGAGAUAUUAUAUGGAUGCGUGGAGAAAACAAGCUUUUAUUUCGAAAGAUAUGUACGAGACUGCACUGUCAAAAGAUCUGUGCACAUUCAUUUAG